AGCAAAAAUGGCUUAGUCACAGAAACACGUGGAAAGUCGAGCACGUGUCAACGAAGGGAAGGUGGUUGUUCAAGGCGAAGCAACUCCCGCGAGUUCUUUGGGAAACAGUUGCACUCUUCUCAGAUCUGUUUAUAAAAAGAAAUAGCCUCUCCUGAUCUGCACUCUCUCCACAAACUCCACCACACACAACCAGAGAGAUCUAGAGAGAGAGAGAGAGAGAGAGAUAAUAGAGAGCGAUGGCGACAGAUGUAGGAGCAGAGUCUAUUGCGACGGUGGCUGCGAAAGCUCCGGUCACGGCGGAGAGGAAGGUCCGGACUGAUCUCGACGAUCGUCUCCCCAAGCCAUAUGUGCCUCGAGCGAUGGUUGCACCAGACACGGAAAACGUUAACGGGACAAGGGGACACAAGCACCAGGACAUGUCUGUUCUUCAGCAGCACGUAGCCUUCUUUGACCAGGACGGUGAUGGUACCAUCUACCCUUCCGAGACUUUCAAAGGAUUUAGAGCACUUGGUUUCAACGUUGUCUCUAGUUUCUUUCUAACACUCAUCGUUCAUCUUACCAUGAGUUACGCCACAUUGCCUACUUGGAUUCCUUCUUUUACCUUCCCGAUUUACAUCAGAAACAUACACAGAGCCAAACAUGGAAGCGACACCUCAACUUACGACACAGAAGGAAGGUACAUUCCUGCAAAUCUGGAGAACAUGUUCAGCAAGUACGCACGUACCGUGCCUGACAAGCUAACUCGCCACGAGCUGUGGCAAAUGACCGAAGCUAACCGAAAUGCCUUCGAUUUCUUUGGCUGGGCAGCGAGUAAAAUGGAGUGGGGAGUACUCUACAUACUGGCUAAGGACGAGAAUGGUUACUUAUCCAAAGAAGCAGUUAGGAGAUGCUUCGAUGGGAGCUUGUUCGAGUAUUGCGCCAAGUCCAGAGCCUCUCCUAAAAAGGCAGACUGAUUACUUUCUUUGCAUGCAGUUAAUUAGUCUCUUAAGUAAGUAAACUUUGUUAAUUUAGUCUCCUAACCGAAGACAAACACGAAUCAGAUGGUAACUUUUUCAUUUGCUACCUAAGUUUCUCAUCUUUUCAAUGCUUCUUUAAGUUUCUGUAUGUUGCCAACUGUGUUGCUUGAAUUAUAUUAAUAUGUGCUCAAUAUGUCAGUGUUUGGUUGAUU